CAGCCAGCGAAGCCGGUACUCGCAACCUAACUUACCGACCUUGAUGAUACCUUACAGCGACAUCCACCGGCACAGCGUGUCACCUGACCGACGAAUCCGUAUGUCCCAGCCAACUCUGUACUCCAGCUUCUCGGGGAUGAGUUUCACCAGCAUCAAGGGCCACAAGCUUUCCUACUCCAGCCUCCGAACUUCCGGAGACACCAGCAUCAACAUCCCCCAGCAAGAAGAGCGUCUAUCCAUCCCAAAUGUCCACACAAUGCAACUCACAGAAAAUGCCAAGUACUAUGGCGGCCAUCGUGGGUCCAGGUUGUCGCAGCCGGACAUCCGGCGAAUGCUAAGAGCUCCAGACCCGAACAAACGCGAGCGGCUGUCCCAGCCGACUCUGGUCACCGGAGACUACUAUCCUCCACGGAUGCAGCACCAGAGGUUGUCCCAACCCUGCUUGCUGAGUACCUGGAACGAGAAGCCAAUUGGUCUGCUCUCGCCGAUAAAGCAGAAACGCUUCGGACCGGCUGUUAAGGUAAGUCAGCGCGAGCGGCUCGCUUCUCUAGACUUUGGAACCCGGUUCCGGUACAAGGAACCGAAGGGGAACCGAGACCGGUUCUCCAUUCCGGAAUUGGAGACCCAGAACGAUCUGAAGCUUAUUGCUGGGUCUCCAAAGCAGAGAUUUAGUCUUGAUAGUCAACUGAACCCUGAUAAUAGAGUCAGGAGGCUCUUACCGAUCGUUAGCUCGCCGAUUUUUGAGCAUGGGUUGGGUAAAAACGGACACUUACCGACUGAUGGUCUCGAGAGUGUGAUUGUCGCUACAGCGACACCUCUGAUGCCUCCAUCGGAUCGACAGUUCCUCGCGCCUAUUCUCAAAACUCCGAUCGCACCGCUUCCUUUGCCGGUUCCUGCGACUUCUCCGAGGGAACGGAUGUCCGUCCCGGAAAUCCGCAGCGCCAGCUUGAGGAGGUUGCUCGAUCCGCCGUCGAAACAGCGCCACAGCAUCGCUGGGCUCAGACAGACCAUUGUUCAUCAGGAGACCAGUCAGGAGGGUGAUGAUAAAGAAAUUUCAGCGACUGAUGGUAAAACAGAGGUCGAGGUCGAUAAGGUAGAGCAGAAUUCUGGGACUGAUGAUGUAAAGCCUAAACAUAUUCAGAGACACUAUUCGUACACUUAUGACACGAAAGACGAGCCGACGGAAGUUAUUGGCAAGCUCAGUGUUAAGUUACCCAAAAAGAAGUAUCUUGAAAGCAACUUUGAUGAGAACGAACAGGUUAUUACCACGGUUAUUGAAACUGAGAUACCUAUGAUACUCUCCAGUCCAAAGUACAUGAAGAAGACUCAUGUUUAUGGAAGCGAGGCGCCCAAGUGGAUGAAAAAGUGCCUCGAGACUCCCGGGAAGAAAUUUGAUACCGACAAGAAUCACGUGCUCAAGCUUAACAACCAGAAUAUUUGUAAAAUGAAUAAGAGUCCGGAGAAAAAUAAAAAGAGAAUUAAUUCCCCUUCUAGAGGUGCCACGAGAAAGUAUCCUGAGAUCAAGGAGAAUAUUGGAGAGGUUACCUUGCCGGGAUUGGGUAACCAACAGAGCAAGACGAGCCCUAAAGAUACUUGUGUGAGAAUUAAACCCUCCGGGAAUGGAGAAACUAAAUAUCAGGUCGCUAUUAAUUCGGAAUUCUCCGAAACUGAUAUUUGUAGGUUAUAUGGAAUCGAUUGCGAUACAGACAGUGAAGAUUCUACUUCAGUAUAAAUAUUAAUAUAUGUAUAA